AUGGUCUUGAUAGCAUGGAAAUUGGAGAUGGUGAUGGCACUUGCAUGUGAUCAAGUUGAGAUAAUGGGGAGGCUCAUUGUUCUUAGAAGUACAUCUUUCGAUCUAUUUGAUUAUAGCCCUUUCUCUCAUUGUUUUCUCUAUAUGAAAAUUCUAGAAGAGGUUCAAAAUGGGGAGAUACAAAGGAUGAUUUUAAAGUUAUUCAUUGAAUUAGGGGUGAGGGUGUUGUUAAAUAGUCUUAAAAACGUUCGGGAGUUGAUGGGGGGAAGGUGGAGGACUUGUCCAUUUUCCGAAGAUCACAAGCAUUUUCGCAAUAGAACAAUGUUCUACUAUGCCAUGGGCUUGCUGAUUUUCUUGGAGGAUAGUCUUUUGAAAUUUAGAUCUUUAAUGAACCAAUUCUCCGGCAUGCUGGCCAAUGAUUCUUUGUGUGCGAUGAACAAGCAGACUAGAAGAGUAAAUAGACGAUUUAUGUGGAAUGAAGCAGUUGAGUGGAGAACUGUCCAUUUUCAAAAGAUCGCAGACAUUCUACUAUGCCAUGGGCUUGUUGAUUUUCUCCGAGGAAUAUUAACUGGAGAAAAUGGUAACAAUAAAUAUGCAGCGAGGUGA